CAUUUUUGAAAACCAUUUUCUCCAACGGUUCCCUCUCUCUCUCUCUCUCUCUCUCACUGCAUCAAGUGAACAGAAACUCCAAUGAAACCCUAAUUCACACAAUUCAUCUUCAAUUGAUCCAUCACAAGCUCUUCAAUUACCACCAUAUAAUGCAGGAUUUCAUCGGAUCCGUUCGUCGAUCUCUAGUGUUCAAACCCUCAGCCGCCGGCGCCGGAAAUGACGACGGUGCCGGUGGUUCGUUCGGCGGAUUUGUCGAAAAGAUUGGUUCCAGCAUUCGCAAAUCGAAAAUUUUCUCCAAGGCGUCUGUUCAGGCACUACCUCCUCCGAGAGUGGUGGGGAAGAUGAGGAAAGAAGAGGCCGGAUCGCAGAUCCGAUGGCGGAAAGGAGAAUUAAUUGGUUGCGGAGCUUUCGGUCGGGUUUAUAUGGGGAUGAAUUUAGAUUCAGGGGAGCUGCUCGCGGUUAAACAGGUUUCUGUUGUUGUAAAUACGGCUUCGAAAGACAAAACACAGGCUCACAUCCGCGAGUUGGAAGAAGAGGUGAAGCUCUUAAAGAAUCUUUCGCAUCCAAAUAUUGUUAGGUACCUAGGAACUGCUAGAGAGGAGUCAUCAUUGAAUAUCUUCCUGGAAUUUGUUCCAGGUGGAUCCAUCUCGUCUCUCCUUGGAAAAUUUGGUUCUUUUCCUGAAUCUGUGAUAAGAAUGUACACGAAGCAAAUAUUAUUAGGGCUGGAGUAUCUCCACAAAAAUGGUAUCAUGCACAGGGAUAUUAAGGGGGCAAAUAUACUUGUUGAUAAUAAAGGACAAAUUAAACUCGCAGAUUUUGGAGCCUCCAAGAAAGUUGUAGAGUUGGCUACAAUGACUGGUGCUAAGUCAAUGAAGGGUACCCCAUAUUGGAUGGCCCCUGAAGUUAUACUUCAGACUGGCCACAGCUUCUCUGCUGAUAUAUGGAGUGUUGGAUGCACCGUUAUUGAAAUGGCAACUGGAAAGCCUCCAUGGAGCCAACAAUAUCAGGAGGUUGCUGCUCUCUUCCAUAUAGGGACAACAAAAGCUCAUCCACCUAUACCAGACCAUCUUUCUGCUGAUGCAAAGGAUUUUCUAUUAAAAUGCCUCCAAAAGGAACCGGAUCUCAGGCCUAAUGCAUCAGAGUUGCUUCAGCAUCCUUUUGUUACUAAGGAGUAUAACGAGACUCAUCCUGCCUUUCGGACAUCACUUAUGGGCACCCCCGACAAUCAGAUACCAAUGUCUAGGAAGGAACCUAGGAAUCUCAUUAGCCCUGAGAUUAAAACAAGUGGUGGCAUGGUGGAUGCUCACGAUAUGAACAGCGUGAGGUGCUCAACUAUAUACCCCGACAAAUUUUCUGGACAACCUAUGUGGGGUGCAAGCAGAUACGAUGAUGACAUGUGUCAGAUGGAUGAUGAUGAUCUCAUGGCUGGCAAAUCCAUGAAGUUAGAUUCCACUUCAAUAACCAAUGAUGUCAAUAAGAGUUAUAAUCCCAUGAUGGAACCUGAUGAUGACUGGCCCUGUCAGUUUGAUGGAAGUCCAGAAGUGGGUUCAAAUGCGGCAGCUAAUUUGUUUCCGGAUCAAGUUUCGGAAAUUACGGAAGUGACCCCUGUAGAAUUAGACAAUGGAGAUAAUGAUGGUUUCACUUUUCCUAAUGGGGCUUCUGGAAUUGAAGAAGAUGAUGAAGUUACGGAAGUAAAGAUAAGGGCAUUCCUGGAUGAGAAGGCUUUAGAUUUAAAGAAGAUGCAAACGCCUCUAUAUGAAGAGUUUUACAACUCAUUAAACGCAGCCAUUUCUCCUGUCGGGAUUGAAAACAAGGAAAAUUCGUCAACCAACGUGAACCUACCUCCGAAAAGCAAAUCACUGAAUAGUAACAGGCUGCUAAGAAAGAGGCUAUCUUCAGCUGUUGAUGUUUCCUAUAUCAGUAGCCCUGGUGGUAAUAAAUCUGAGCCUGUAUCACAUACUAAUAAUGAUCAAAAUCCACAAGAACGUCGGUCACCUCAGCAUGGUCAAAUGAAAGAGAAUAUUCUUGAUUCUCAGAAAGAUGCCAUUAGUCCAAGUGCAAGUUUCUCGGAGAGGCAAAGAAGAUGGAAAGAAGAGCUUGCUGAAGAGCUUGAAAGAAAACGAGAACUUAUGCGGCAAGCAGGCGUGGUAAAAACGUCAUCUCCAAAGGAUCGGAUGGUGAACAAUCGCCAAAAAAGGUUUUCGUUUCUUGGAAAUUGACGCUAUGUAGUUAAAUUUAUAAAAAUGGGCGGGUGGCUGUUUUAUUUUUUUGUUAUAUUUGUUUAUUGUGAAAGCAUACAGGCAAGCCUCCCUUCCCUAUGUAUUAAAAAUCCACGUGGUCAGCCUGGUUUAUAAUUUAUACACAUUUUUUUUUGUUUUACUUUGUUUUGAAUCUAUCUUAUAUUCGAAAUUUGAAAAUAAAGUGAAGCGAGAGUUCAUCA